AUGGCGGCCACUUCGACACUUCGACGACUUCGACGACUUCGACUGCAUCAGAAGUGCCAGUUUAAAGGUACGAAAUCCUUUCUCUGGGCAUUAAAGGGCCAGCAGCAGCAUAAUAACAUACAAUAUGCCCAAAUACUGUAGUUAAAGGCCCAAAUCUCCCAUGGGCCAUAGUCAACAGGCAGGAGGCGGGCAACCAGGAUUCUCCAAUGCCCAGUGGCGAGGUUGGUUUCGCCACAGCACUUAAGUUAAUGAGUUAUAUGAAGUUAAUGAGCCAAGUGGUGGUCUGGGUUCAGGUGGUAUCAAAGGGAAAAACAGGUCUUCAUUCAGUAACCGAACAAUCAGUGGUAAAACAAACUGAAAAAGUCUAAUAAGUGACAUGGGUGGUCUGUCACACUACACUUGUAUUAAAGUAUAUUUUAUAAAAUUGUUAUAUAAAUUGCACUUUUGUCACUGGAGCACUUUAUAGAAUUGUCAGGGUCACUUUUGUUUGUAUAGAAUAGAUGGUCACUGAUAUACAUUCUUGGGGUAAAAUAGUUACAAUAUGACUAGUGGAAUAUUCAUAGUGGAAUAUAAUGAGUGGAAACCUGAUGGUAAGAUCUAGAUCAGACUCACCAGGCUGCUAAAAUUGUGCAGCUCAGCAGCUGUCGCAAUAUCAAAAAUUACAACUAAAAGAACAAUAUAAUAUUAAAUAUUUUAAAAUGUAUCCAGCAAUAUUAAAUCAAGGCCUCACAGUGCGUUAGAUUAGUUAUUUUCCUGCAGCUAAUUAACAAUGAGUUCGAUUUCACUUCCUGGGAUUUUUUUCUAUAAAUUGACCCAUGCAUGUAUUGUCUCCAGGCUAAGAUGUGAUGGGAUUCUGUUGACUUCUGCUCACCACCUCCAUCUGAGGUAAACUAAGGAGUGCAGGGCUUAGCUCAUUGGCUGAAAGUGACCAGUCAGCGAGACGUCCCUGCAUUGCAGAGCUUAGCUCAGGAAAGCUAAGGAAGUUCCUGCUUAGGAGCUUCCAACUCUCUAUCAUCAGUAGUGGAGGUGGGGAGCCAUGCCCAACAGACCUCAGGUAAGAAGUCAAAACAUUCUAAAACAGCUGACUACUGAAAAUGGGGGAGGCGCCUGGCACUAUAAUCACCACAACAAGCUACCUACUCAGCUAACUGUGCACUGGCUGUAAGUGAAGUUAGGAGCAAGUGAUCGGCUGACCUUUUUAUAAACACAUGGGAAGUGGACAAUAAAGGAAGGUUGUCCAUGUUUCUUAUUUCUGAACUGAAGAAGAAUCUAUGUUUUUAUUAUAUUUCUUUCACAAUUUAAAUAGAGCAGUAUUUAUUAUUGUUAUGUAUUAACUAAUUUUAACUGCACAUUUGUUUUCUAACUAAUUUUAAAUCUAGUGUAAAUUCCCCAUCCCCCCCAGUGUGUUUAUCGUGACUGUGGUUAUUUAUAAAAUAAUUAUUAUAUGUUUCUGCUUACAGGCCUCAACCUUCUCAGACCAGAACUUGUAAUUUCAUAACACUCUCCUUGUCAUUGGUUCAACCCCAACAUGUCAUGGGGGAAAUGAAUCAAACCCGUGUCGAAUUUUUACUAGAAGGAUUUUCCAAUCUUGGCCAGUACCAGGUGUGUCUGUUUUUGUUGUUUCUUACCACCUACCUUCUGACUCUUACUGGGAACAUGCUCAUCAUCUUGAUUGUACGUUACAACUCCCAGCUUCAUACUCCUAUGUAUUUCUUCAUCACUAUCCUGUCCAUACUGGAUAUAUGGUACAUUUAUACCACUGUACCUAAGCUUCUCACUGUUAUGGUGACACACGACACUAGAAUUUCCUUCCAGUGGUGCUUUGCUCAGCUGUAUUUAUUCCAUAGUUUGGGUAUUACAGAGUGCAACUUGUUGGCUGCCAUGGCCUUUGACCGAUGUAUGGCAAUAUGUAACCCUCUGAGGUACACCACCAUAAUGAGUGUAAAAAUGUGUAGAUGUCUGGCUUCAGUAUGUUGGUUCUGUGGAUUUAUGACUGCUUGUAUUCCUAUUACACUUACUGCAAGAGUGCCCUUCUGUGGACCUUACCAUCUAAACCACUUCUUCUGUGAUAUAGCACCACUCUUACGGCUGGCUUGCAUAGAGAUCCCCUUGACUGUUUCUGUAAAUGGUUUUGUUGGAGGCUUUACAGCAUUGUCCAACCUUGCAAUUGUCAUAAUCAUGUAUUUAGGCAUUAUAGUAGCCAUUAUCAAGAUCAAGUCCAACACGGGUCGAAGUAAGGCUUUCUCCACCUGCUCCUCACACCUCAUUGUAGUGACACUUUUUUAUGGCUGUGCAAGCAGUGUGUAUUCUAGCCCGAAAGGGUCACGUCCAGCAGCCUCUGACAAAAUGCUUGCCCUCGUAUACACCAUGUUUACCCCUCUUUUCAAUCCAAUCAUUUAUAGCUUUAAGAAUAAGGCAGUAAAGGAAGCUAUGAAGAAUGGAAUCCAGAAAUUUCAAAGUGAAAUGAGGUGUAUACAGGUGCAGGUCCCUAAACCACUGACAUGA